UGUUUGGUAGCCAGAGGGGGGAGGCUUUCCCUGCAGAAAGAGAAGCAGAGACCAGAGAUCAUAAAACUGGAGGGGAGGAAGGAGUGGAGUUGGGUGCUGCCUUGAAGGGGAUGGUUCAGAGCAGGAAUUUGUGUUGUGCUGAAAAUUUGAAGCCUGAAGGCUGAGUUUGGCCCAGACACCUUCUUUGCCUCGUGUGUGAGCAGGGGCAGCCUCUGCUCACCACAAAUUGCUGAUGCAGAGCUGUGAGACGCCGUGGGCAGUGCUGCAAAUGCCCCCUGAGCAACGUGGCACCUUGCUCUGGGCAGGUUUCAAACGAUGUGGGGGUUAUUUUUUUAAGAGUAAGAGCAUUUAUAUCACAUCCAGACUGCUUCUGAAAAAUUCCCUCUCCCAGCUCUGAAAGCACUGAUAACCAGGACUGGCUUGACUGGUUUGCAGCUCUGCAGAAAUCUCAUGCACUUACUCUGGAAAAGGGACUUGGACAUAGGUUUUCCUUCCCUUGGAAGCAGGAUUUCUGUGUUAAAUGUGAAUAGCUCCUGAUGCCUUGGGCGGUUUGGGUGCUCUGGAGCAGGAUGCAGCCUCCAAGCUGACAUCUCACAGGGGCAGGGAUGGUGUGUGUCUGCUCUGAGGGUGCUCUGGCACCUCACUCACAACCCCCUGAGCCACAGCAGGGCCUGGGGGGGGUCUGAGGUGUUGACUCGUGGAAGACCAGUCACCUCUGGAGACCACACAGGCCUGACCUGGAGACACUGUGCUCCUUCUCCCGUGGUGUUUGUGUCCUCAGGGGCCCUGGGAGCUGACCCCAGACAGGCUGGCUGUGUGACUGAGCUUGGGCCGACCUGCCUGAACAGGGUCCCUCCCAGCUGACUUGCUCAGGCACUGCUGGCCCUGGACCCACAGAGUGGGUGAACACUCACCAGGGCCGCGGGCGCUUUGGCAGCAGCCUCAGAGCUGUCUGGUUACCUGGGCAGGUAGUGAGCUCGGAUCCAGCCAGGCCAGAUGAACAAAGACUUCCCCAGCUGAGCUAUUCCAGAGGCUCCUGAGCUGCCUGUGGGCAGUGAGUCAACAAAUGGUCUCUGUGAGCUGCCAGGAGCUGCUGCCCUCCUUGACCAGCCUCGAGAGCUUGACCAGUGCUCUGCAGUGCAGGAUGCCACCGUCCCUUCUGCCAGGACAUGGCAGUGAGAGGACAUCUGGCCCCCCAGAGGGCUUUGGCCACCUCGUGGCAGGCAGCACUAGCCCCGCUGAAGGCGUCCUGCUGUCCAAGGGGGAACAGCCCAAAGCCCAGCUCGCCGUCUGCGAGGCUCAGCUCAGGCUGCCCGACUUCUGCAGCAGCCUCUCCCAGGACUUCAUCCCCACCCUGGAGGAGAUCGAGGAGUUCCUGAGGGAGAAGGCAGAGUUCCUCAGAGAUGAAGGAGGAGGGAGGGACAACAAACCCAAGGUCAGCUCGGGUGGCUCUGGGGAACAGCCCGUCUCCGGUGUGCAGGGAGAUGCCUCAAGCACUGCUCAGCCUGGAGGGACAGCUGAUGGUGGGGACCAGGCAGUGGCUGCUGGGAGCAUCCCUGUUGUCCUCCAAAUCCAGCCUCUCCAGAUGGACAGCCACCCACAGGGUGUCAGGGUGGCCCAGCUGGUCAUCAGCCUGCAGGGACCAAACCUCCCCCUCCUCCCUCAGCUCCAGCCCCCCGUGACCACCGUGGACCAAAAAUACGUCAGGAUUGCCCCCCUGCCAGUCCCCACGAGGCCUGGGGUGCCAGGGGACGUGCAGGAGGUGGAGGCAGCCCCCGGGCAUCAGCAGGGCCCCCCUGCCCUCUCCCGGAUCCACAAGUGCUCCCACCCGGGCUGUGACAAGGUGUAUUCCAAGAGCUCCCACCUGAAGGCUCAUUUCCGUCGGCACACGGGGGAGAAACCCUACACCUGUGCCUGGCCCAACUGUGGCUGGAGGUUCUCCCGGUCGGACGAGCUCUCCCGUCACAAGCGCUCCCACUCCGGGGUGAAGCCCUACCAAUGUGCUGCCUGUGAGAAGAAGUUUGCCCGCAGUGACCAUUUAGCCAAGCACCUGAAGAUCCACCGGGGCCAGCCCUGCAGCCCACGGACACCUCAGGGGGGCAGCAGGAGGUAAUUCCUGCUGCUCAUCGCUGCCAGGAGGCCCCGGAGCCGAGCAAACGGUGCAGGAACCACCAAGGAAGAGGGGGAAAUGACUCUUUGCCAAAUGAUAGGAGAGGCUGUGUUAGCCCUCUGUUCAAGGAUGACAAUGGUCAUGGCCUGUUUCUGGUACUUCUGUCCUUCUCUGAAAUACAUGUGAUGGAAACUGGA